AUGCAACCCACCCAAGCCCCAAAUACCGAUCCAUUGCCCUCGACAGGCUCUUUUUGCUCCCGAACGACUCGAAAGCCUACCCGUUGGACUCCAUAUGGCUCUCGAUCUGCACCUCCUGUCACACGACGAGAUUCCAUACCCCUCCACGCCUCUCCUGCUCCAGCAUACACACUCCCUCUUUCUCCGGAGCUUACACCAGAAAGCGAGCCUACCUCGGGUAAACAGUCGCGAUCCGUUACACUCGAGGAUGUUCCGGAGAAUUCCACGUGUGGCGAGAAACAGGAGUGGGAAGGCCACGAGAAAGCAAGCAACAUUAGUAGUACCAAAUGUGACAAGAAAUAUGAGAACACAGAUGAUUUCAUAGACGUAAUGCUUGGAAUACUUUCACUCAUAUAUUGCUCACCUCUCCUCAUCGCCGGCGGCCGUACGUUUGUAAUCCCGCAAAACUUUGCCUCUCAACUUCCACCGGCUCAAAGCCACAAUCUCGGUUCGACCACUGCCAUAGGGCAUCACAAGCCGAACCAUAUGCGUUGGUUUAUAGAGCGAUUACUUGAGCGUACACGCCCACCACGCGCAGUCUGCCAACUUGCCGUGGCAUACUUGCUCAGCGCGAGCGAUGCAGUGCAGAGCGAAUUGCGUGCGGCGGCCGAGGCGCGGUUGCGCCGGGCUGCGACACACCACCAUCCACCUUUGGCGCUCCCGCAUAUGUCUGCUCCGAUAACCAUGAUGACGCCUGGCUCGGUACUCCCUCCGCCGCCCGACAGUCAAUUACCUCCACCCUACUCGGCUGAGCCACCGAUGCCCACAUUCAACACCCCGAUCGGAAUGCCGCCUAUUUCACGCUUGCCACUUUCCACUCACAACCACCCACAUCUUCCACUGCCCGGCGCCCCAGUUUCGGCACUGUUAGACCCGCGCCGGGUACUCUUGGCCGUGAUGGUGCUCGCUCACAAGUUCCAUCUUGACAAGACGUGGACAAACAAGGCAUGGGCCAAGGUCAGCGGGCUUGAACCCCGCGAAGUCGGCCGAUGCGAACGCACCGUGGCGAUUGCUCUCGGGCAUCGCUUGUGGGCCGGCCGUGUUUAG